AUGACUGACCUGCACAGCGCCUCCACUCAGGCACUCUGGAACAGGAAGCUGACAGUGUUGCGGCAGGAGCAGCCAUUCUCCCAGCGCCUGCGCGCGACCCCCGUGCUCUGGGCCUGUCGCUGGGAGCUCCCCCACUGCACCGAGAGUCUCCGAGCCCCCAGCCGCGGCCACAGUGCCCCCCUGCACCCCUCUCCUUAUUGCUGCCCUGGCGCCGGAGUCCGGCCUGACCCGAACCUCCACCGGGCCGAGCUGGCCCCGAGCCACCUGCCCAUGCCAGGCCCUGGGGACGCAGAGCCCUACCUGAAAGCGGUGGCCACCGGGACGCACGGAAAGAUUCAGGCAGCAGCCUUAAAGGCUUGGAAGGGACUCCCAUCAAAGAGUUCCGUUGUCACCUCUCUUGCCAAAGUCCGCCAGGGCCCUAAUGAGCCCUAUAAUGACUUUGUUGGCCGCCUGGUGGAGGCUGCUGAGCGCCUCCUGGGGGGAGGCGACACUGAUAACGACUUUAUUCGCCACCUAGCCUAUGAAAAUGCUAAUUCUGUCUGCCAGGGCGUCCUCCGUCCUCACAAACGGGGCAAGACCCUCUCUGACUACCUCCGCCUGUGCGCCGAUCCAACCCUAGAGUCUGCUUUGGCUGUAACAAGCCUGGUCAUCUCUGGCGCCACUGCCCAGAGCGGGGGAGGGCGCGUGUACCCCAGAAAUUAUGCCCCAAGUGUAAGAACGGGUUUCGAUUCCCUCCUGCACGCCAUCCCAGGCAGCUCCAAAUUGGACCUCCAAAAACUGGCCGCAGCGGAGGCGCUAGUGCAGGAGCAGCUCGCUGCUGGACACAUAGAACCGACCAAUUCCCCCUGGAACACGCCCAUCUUUGUGAUCAAGAAGAAAUCGGGGAAGUGGCGGCUGCUCCAGGAUCUAAGGGCAGUAAACAAGACCAUGGUGGUCUUUGGAGCAUUACAGCCUGGCUUGCCAUCCCCCUGUUCCGGUUACAAAUUUCAGAGGUCCGAUGAAGCGCUUUCAAUGGAAGCUCAAGAUAAGAUUCAGAUGAGUGACCCCUUCUCCUUCCUAGGCUUUCAGAUCGAGCAGUCCAGGGUCAGAGUUCAAAAGGCUCAGCUCAUGACUUCCAAAUUGAGAACUUUGAACGACUUUCAGCAGCUGCUAGAGCGCGCCAUUGAUGAACAGUUCAUUGUUACCAUGGACUAUGAGCUCCCCUUUUCUCUGAUAAUCUUUGCGACCCCACACUCUCCCACAGGGAGGGAAUAUUGCAGAAAAUACUUCGGCUUGGAGCCGACCACCAUCAUUCAGCCCUACGACCGGGACCAGGCAGUAGUUUGGGAUGAGCAUCUCACAGGACCGAAUAGCUUGCUUGCACAGUGCUCACUUCUAAAGGAACAUGAGGUGGAGAAAAUGUUCACACUCAAAAGAAGCCUCUUGCCAGCAGCCGAUGUCAAGAAUAUCAAUUUUUUCGUCAGACCCCGGCUAGAACUGAUGGAUAUAAUGGCUGAAAAUGUGCUUAGUGAAGACAGAUGUGGCCUCAUAAGAGAUUUCCACAUCUUGUUUGUGCCUCAGCGUCGCCUGCUGUGUGAGCAGCGGCUAAAGGACCGGGGCGUCCUGGGCUCCUUCAUCCACAGGGAGGAGUACAGCCUGGACCUCAUUCCCUUCGACGGGGACCUUCUUUCCAUGGAGUCGGAGGGCGCCUUCCGAGAGUGCUACCUGGACAGCGACCAGACGAGCCUGUACCACGCGGCCAAGUACCUGAUGACGCUGCAGGCCCUGUACGGGACCAUCCCCCAGAUCUUCGGGAAGGGCGAGUGCGCCAGGCAAGUGGCCAAUAUGAUGAUCAGGAUGAAGAGAGAGUUUGCAGGAAGCCAGAAUUCAGUAUUUCCUGUUUUUGAUAACCUCUUGUUGCUUGAUUGAAAUGUGGAUUUAUUAACGCCCCUUGCGACUCAGCUGACAUACGAGGGACUCAUCGAUGAAAUCUAUGGCAUCCAGAACAGUCAUGUAAAGUUGCCGCCCAAGAAAUUCGCCCCGAAGAGGCAGGGUGACGGGCAGGACCUGCCCACAGAGGCCAAGAAGCUGCCGCUGAACUCAGCUGAGGAGCUCUACAUCGAGAUCCGAGACUGCAACUUCAACGCCGUGGGCGCCGUGCUCAGCAAGAAGGCCAAGGUCAUCUCGGCCGCCUUUGAGGAAAGGCACAACGCCAAGACGGUGGGCGAGAUCAAGCAGUUCGUCUCCCAGCUACCCCACAUGCAGGCGGCGCGGGGCUCCCUGGCCAACCACACCUCCAUCGCCGAGCUCAUCCAGGAUGUGACGACAUCUGAAGACUUCUUUGAUAAGUUAACCGUGGAGCAGGAGUUUAUGUCCGGAAUAGACACCGAUAAGGUCAACAGUUAUAUCGAGGACUGCAUCGCCCAGAAGCAUCCACUCAUCAAGGUGCUCAGGCUCAUUUGCCUGCAGUCGGUGUGCAACAGUGGGCUCAAGCAGAAGGUUCUGGAUUAUUACAAAAGAGAAAUUCUCCAGACAUAUGGCUACGAGCACAUCCUGACGUUACAGAACCUGGAGAAGGCCGGGCUGCUGCGGCCCCAGCAGGGGGGCAGGAACAGCUACCCCACCAUCCGGAAGACCCUGCGCCUCUGGAUGGACGAUGUGAAUGCGCAGAACCCGACGGACAUCGGCUAUGCCCCCCUCAGCAUGCGGCUGGCCCAGCUGCUCUCCCGGCCUGGUUGGCGCAGAAUCGAGGAAGUUCUGCGCAUUCUCCCCGGCCUCCACUUUGAGGCGCAGCCGCUGCCCACGGGCCUGCAGAAGAAACGUAGAGGAGGCUGUUUCCGGGUCGGGGACGGCAUGUUUUGUGCCAAAUUCUUCGCCGAUGACCAGCUGUGA